CGGCAGGAUAGUUCGUGUACAGUCGCACUGCAAUCGCGUCCGACGCGCUCGCCACAAUGAUCAGUUUAGCAAUCGCACUGGUAGCCCUCGCGCUGCUCUACUACUACAGCAUAAAGUCCUUCAAAUACUGGGAGUCGAAAGGAAUCAAACAUGACAAGCCGAUACCCCUCUUCGGGACUAACUUGAGAAACUUUAUGGUAAAGAAAAGUAUGACAGAACUCGCAGCAGAAGCCUACUGGAAAUAUCCUAAUGAGAAAGCUGUGGGCUUUUACAGAGCGGUAAGACCAGAGCUGGUGGUUAGAGAUCCCGAAAUCAUAAAACGAAUUCUUAUCACAGACUUUCUACAUUACUAUCCACGGGGUCUCAAUUCCCAGAGGAAAGUGUUCGAACCUAUGAUGCGGAAUCUAUUCUUCGCCGAUGGAGACAUGUGGCGGCUGCUGCGUCAGCGCUUGACGCCAGCGUUCACGAGCGGCAAACUGAAGGCAAUGUUCCCGCUCAUAGUGGAACGCGCCGAGAAGCUACAGGCGCGCGCGCUCUCCGCCGCCUCCGCCAAUCGCACCAUCGACGCACGAGACCUCAUGGCGCGCUACACCACCGACUUCAUAGGCGCCUGUGGUUUCGGACUCGAUGCAGACUCGCUUAACGAAGAAGAUUCCGCAUUUAGAAGACUAGGAACGAAAAUAUUCAAACCCAAUUUUAAAGAUAUUUUGGUAUUACUCAUGAAAUCUGCUUUCCCCAGCAUCGGACGACAUUUUAAUAUUCUUCAAAGAAUUGAAUACGAUAUGCUCCAUUUAACAAAACAAAUUUUAGAGCAAAGGAAUUACGAACCAGCAGGUAAAAAUGACUUCGUUGACUUACUGCUCGAAUGUAGGAAAAAAGGGUUAAUUGUUGGCGAAUCGAUAGAACGCAGAAAACCAGACGGGACCCCCGAUACAGCGACGCUAGAGUUGGAUGACAUAAUUAUGGCUGCGCAAAUUUUCGUAUUCUUUGCUGCGGGCUUCGAAACCUCAUCGUCAGCAACGAGUUUCACAUUGCACCAGCUGGCGCACAAUCCUGAAGUACAGAAAAAAGUUCAAGAAGAAAUUGAUAGGGUGCUUGCUAAAUACAACAACAAACUCAGCUACGAUGCUGUCAAAGAAAUGACAUAUUUAGACUGGACAUUCCGAGAGGGCAUGAGAAUGUUCCCGUCACUAGGAUUUUUAAUGAGGGAAUGUGUUCGCACGACUCCAGUUCCUGAACUAAACACAACACUGGAUAGAGGUGUUAGAAUAUUCAUACCAAUUCAAGCAUUGCAAAACGAUCCCCAGUAUUUUGAAAAACCUAACGAAUUCCGUCCAGAAAGAUUCAGCCCAGAAGAAUUUAGCAAAAUCAACAAAUAUGCCUACCUACCAUUUGGAACAGGACCGCGCGCUUGCAUCGGCGAGCGGCUGGGCCUGAUGCAGUCCUUGGCGGGGCUGGCGGCGAUCCUGUCGCGCUUCACGGUGGAGCCCGCGCCGGAGACCAAGCGGUAUCCAGAGGUGGAACCCGCUUCAGGCAUCGUUCAAAACGUAAAAGGUGGAUUGCCACUUCUUUUCAAAGAAAGGAAAGUGACGUGAUGUAGUUGGUAUUAGUAUUUUCUGAGACUUUCGCGUUAUUAAUCUUAAGUAUAUUGUUAUACAGAUAAGAUGUUAAAUUAUAUGUUUUAUAUUCCGUACAUAACUACAUACCUAUAUUUCCAAAUAGGGAAAGAUAGAGUGUGCCUGACACGUUCAUAAGUUUAUAAUAGUGAAGAGAGAAAAGUCAAUUACUGAUCUCUGGGAAAUCAGUACACGUCAGGACCAAUAAACAACUCCACGCAUAGAAUGCUUACAAUCUAUGUUUAGUAAAAUACCAAUUAUUUGUAUGUCAAUAACGACGCCAUACUAUGUAUGUAAUAUCGUAAUUAUUCAUAAAACAUUUGAUUUUAUGUUGAAAUUAUUGUUAUCAUAAAAGUUUGUGUGAAAAUUGUUUUAAAUAUAUGACCUAAGAUAUA